GCAUAGCGCUAGCCGGCUAUCGAAUCCAGCCAUAGCUAAGUUGAUAUUUUUGUAUUUCGCGGGCUGUCGCUGGCGUGUUGCGACUUGGGAUAUGUUUGUAGUUUAAGCGUGUGAUUAUCAAGGAUGUAUCCGUUUCAUCGCUUUGGCGUUGGCUUCAUUCUGAAUGACGUUACAGAGGUUCAGUUACAGUAACACUUGAACCGGAAGUAGAAAAACGUAGAGGCCAUUCGUGGGGGAUGGAAUUCCUAAUGCUCAUGGUUUCUUGGAGAGCAGUUGCCCAAAUCUAAAACGAAUUGGAAUCGACUAUACUCAUUAAAAUUGACGUGUAUGGACAAAGAACCAACAGAUGCUUUUCUACGCUUGACCCAGUUAGCAUUUUGCUUUUUUGUCCUUUUCCUAGUCCUUCAGUCGGAAACAUGGGAGACCAAAACUCCAAAAAGUGUCGAUGACGACCCCCCCCCGGAAAUAGAAAAAAAAGAAGUUAAACAGAAGUUACGCUUUAAGGGUUUCGAUGGACUUGUAACCAGCUGUGCAACUCCGGUUUCUCUUUUUCAAUAGAUGGACGUUGCUUUUGAGCACCAUAGGUGAGGUCGAAAGCUGCUGCAACGAAAUCGUUGAUAUUGUCAAAGGAAGGUCAGCUGAGCUGUCUGACAAAGCAAAACCUGGAUGGGCAGUGACUUUCAAGUUGUCUACUCUGGAAGCUUCUACACCGGCGAUGGAGACCAAGAAAUUAAAACAAACUGGAAACAUCCAGAAAUGUUUACCUAGUCCUUUCUACUAUGCACUGCCUGUUGUUGACGCCAGUGGAAAAAACACCCUGAAACUUGUUCCUGUGGAAGCAGUCAAUAUACACAAACUUCUGAAACCUCAACAGAUGAAUACUGUGACAAAUUCUUUGACCAGUCAGCAAACUUUUACUAAACUGCUUUCCUGUGUGAACGCUUUGCCCAAAGAAGUAAGGACACCUCCAACUAAUUGUCAGAAUCUUUUAAAAAACUCAUGCCAUCUCCAAGUGACGGUGAAAUCUCCAGCUUUACCCAAAGGCCAAUGCCUUCAGAUUCCACCAAAUGCCAAAGUCCAAACACUACCAGCUUCCAAACUUCCUGUAACUAUCAAAAAUCAACUUUUUAAUCCCUCAGCCAACAUCUGUCCUGAGCCAGGCGAACACAAAGUUGUCUGUGUGUCACCUGUCACAACUGUUAACAAAGAUGUCCCUUCAUUACAUGAUUCAAAACAUCAUGCAUUCAAAAUGGCAGCUAAGACUCCAGUUGCAAAUGUAUCAAAAUCAUUUCUGAAACUGGUUCCCAAAGCUCCAGACAGACCCCACGGUCCAGUACAGUGGGUGAUUGAAGAAGGCAAUGAGAUGGCUCUGAGUCAAAACCACCUCAAUUCAUCUGUUAUAUCACAGAUUGUUCACACUGUAAAAGAAAGAGAACGAGCUGCUCAGCAGCAGAGUGGCAUCACAAAUAGAGAUGCUUUGUGUCCGGACAAAGGCAAACCAGACCAGGAUAACGCCUUGGUCAUGUGCAACGGGAAGGUGUUUUUUGUUGGCAAAAAAAGCAGUGUUCAGAAAAGCACUGAAACGUCUGUAAAACAAACGCAAACGCCACCCAAAAUAAUUAUUCCGGCUAAGUGUGAUGAAGUGAUUGAUCUGUGCAAUGACGAGGCUCAGGAUACUUCACCACAACCAGCAGCAGGCAGUGUGGCAACUGUUUCCCAUCAGGAGGAUGACUGCGUGAUAUUUGUGUCAUAUAUUCCUCCAAAAGCUGAGGAUAAGUCCAUACACAACUUGUGUAAUUCAGGCACAAGCCACAUGGACACGGCAACAAGGGCGGAGAGUACAGGUGGUGUUGACCCUGCUGGUAAAUUUUCCCAUUGUGGGAUGGAUAAAGGACUUCCUAAUUGUAAAACAGGGAGCAAAAGACCCCACAGCAUGGUAGAAACAAAUGAAAAUGACCCAGGUGUUUGUGAUUCCACUGUGAUAACCAUAACCAAGGACGUUACUGUGAAGAGUCAGGAGAGGUCGUCUGACAAACACGGGAGAAAAAGCAGCGUUGACAGCAGAGCAACGUUCUCAAACCAAGAGGACAUGUGCGAAGAGCAUGCAACUGCAGAUCGCCACCUGAUGCAAGUGUUUGGGAUCACAGCCGAGGUGAAGGUUCGCCUGCAGAGGAUUGAUAACGCCUUAGCUAGCGCUGUUCCUCCAGUGCCACUGAAGAAUGGCUCCGUCAGUUUACGGAAGAAUCAUAAAGUCCUAUAUGAUUCCUGUAAAAACCAAGAAGAAAACCGCUGUAGAUCUGUAACCCGACUUACUCAGGAUGGUCAUGCAGCAGAUGGGAUACCAUUUCAGUACGCUGUUUUCAAUCUGAACUCAAGUCGUCGUUCUGAUUCAGCAGAGAAAUGCCAUUCAGGUGCACACACUGGACAAAUGUUGGACGUCGAAAGCGCAGCAGCGAUCAACUAUCUCGAACCAAUAGAUGAGGACUUCAUCGAUGCAGACACAGCUCUGGGAAAGACAAAAAACACAAACACCAGGAGAAUGGGAAGGACACGAAAACGUACCAUGUGUCGGUGCUGCGUGCCUGGAGCUGAAAUGCCAGACGUAAAGAUUCAGAUGAAAAAGUGAAAAAUACAGGCACAUGAAAAAAAGCUGCCACCCAAAACAGUGUCCUUUUGGGUGAUUGGGUUCCCUCCACAGUUGAAAAACAUUCAGUUUGUUUCUGUCUGUCUGUUUUUUGAUGACAUUGGUUGGACACUGUUAUGUCCAAUACCUUAGAUCAGCUCUGGUUUUGGUAACCCUGUGAAUGAAUGUGUCUGGAGUGUUGUCGAGGCUCCACCUUCUCAGCCAACAUCCUCUGACCUGCUGCUAAUACAUUUUAUUAAACAUUUACAGAACAGAUAAUCAAAUAAAAAAGGAGUAUUAUGGUAUGGAAAUUCAAAAAAAAGAUUCUGGUUAUUUUUCUACUUUUUUAUCUGUUAAGCGUGUAAAACUGCAGAGUGAUGGUUAGUCCAAAUCAUGAAGAUUGGGGAACAGGUUAGUUGGACACUGCAAACCAACCAUAGAUAUCAAUGUGAAUGUAGUGAGAUGUUUGUCUGUGUCUAUAUAUACUGUAUACGGCCUUUUGAUGAGCCGGUGAAAAGAUACAUUAGUUAACAUUUUACUAAUGGCACAUUUAGUUAUGUAUUUUGUAAUAUCACUUUAAAAGAAAUAAAUUAUUAUAUAAUUGGUUA